AUGAGCGACUGGCAAGAAGCCGCCUUCGCGACGAGGCACCUGCACAACCGCGCCAGCAAGUCGAAGGCCGGCGGCGGACGCGGGCGGCGCGGCGGCGCGUUCGAGGUCAGGAGGACGCUUGGCAGAUACGACAUCAAGUGCCCGAGCGCGAGCAGGGUCAGCCCGCCGCCAGCAUCCGGCGGGAAGAAGGGGGAAAGGACUGCUGCUGCUGCCGCCGCCGCACGUCCGACUCUGGACAUAUUCCGGCUCUCCGACGACGGCAGGGGGUUGUUGGGAGAGCUGGUUUUGCCGGGGGCGCUCGAGGCGAGCGUCAUCUUGACGGGAAGCAGGAAAACACUCGAGGAUUUGAUGUCGCAGUUUGAAGAAGGAGAGGAAGAAGGAGAAGAAGGACAAGGGGAAGGAGGAGAAGAAAGAGGAGGAGAAGGAAGAGAAGAAGAACGUGGGAACAACCGGGAAGAUGAUGGGAUACGCGAUGGAGGACAUGGCAACCCUGUCCCCGACGGUAAAUGCGACUUCGAAGACGAGAACGGGGGAGACACGUCAGGACACGAGGAGUCCGACGACGACGAUCCGGAUAAGGAGCGCAGCCGGUUCCGAGCCUUCGAAAAGAACAGCUUUCGGUCGCCCAAGUUCUGGUUUCAGUGGAAGGGGAGGACAACGACACCCUCACCACCACCGCCGGAUGACCGGGGACUCGCAGCCGGCAGGGCAGAGACCGGGAGAGGCUACGUCGUCUUCUCGGGCAACGACUGCCGUUCGUUCAAGGGAACCAUCACCUGCGAUGCCUUGGGCUGGAAGGACGCUUCCAUGUCUGGCUGGAAAGAGGUCUCCAUGAGUGAGAGGGAUGUUGCGUUUGCCUGGAGUUGA